AUGUUAAUACUCAAUAUUGUUCCCUUUUUAUUGUUGCUAACAAUCACACAGGCUAAUGUCAAUUUGUAUGUCCUUGCUGAUAACUUUCUCAAUGGUUCUGCGGUAGUGGUAGGUAAUUAUGAUAAUGUGUUAGACAAUUCGACCUUGUCUAUUGGCACAGACCCUACUUACUUAUAUUAUGAUUCACGUUAUAUCACCUAUUAUCCUGGUGGUUCCCCCAGUAUUUGGUGGGUAUUGGUAUUCAAUGAUGAUCGCAAAUUGGAGUUGGCUUUUCGAGGACAAGACCGUGAAAACAUGCCUGGUGCAAUAAAUGUCACGAUUGGCGAUAAUGGCUGUGUCGCUUUCAAUGGCUCCAACUCUUUAUUUUACUAUGGUAAUUCGUUCUACUCUUAUCCCAAUGGUGGUGCACCAUAUUCUGCAAUCCCGGUGAAUUUGUAUGCCAAGCAUAUGCUGUAA